UCUGAUCAGAGUGAUGACACAGCGCAGGCCCGUUUGCAGCCGUGGGUGCUCCUCGUGGAACGCUGCUGACACGAAGAAGCAGAUCGUCAUGGCCGGCUGGUAUCUUUAUCUGUGGGACGCUGCGUGCCUGAGCUGAAUGAACAACUCUAUAUUGGCACAUCUGCAUGAUGCAGAGAGUAUCUUUAUCUCGCUGUGUGUUACCACCAAGCAUAUUAUAUUAGAGCAAGUGCUACACUGCUACUACUCCCACUCCCAGCAAGUGGAUAACACACUGACUUGAGCACAGUGACAUUCUGACAGCAACACACAACUUGUGGCACGCCGGAAUUCCCAGCCUCGGCUGGCGUCCGACAGCAACCUGAGGCGCCAAGCUAGCUAGGCACCCGGUUUCCGCCCACGACUAGUCCACAAACCACGCGCGCGCCCGUACGUACUACGAGGCAGCUUGCUAGCGACGGCCGGCAUGUACGGUUACCCAUGCCAACAUCAGCAUCUCCACUCUAUAAAACCCACCAUGAGGAGCACCGCCAAUUUGCAGGCAGCUGAAAACCGCCACUUGCACACAGCACCGAAGGAAGCACGCACUCGAGCACCGUGAUACCUACGUAGUACUACAACCGAACAAUUUACUCGGAUGGCGAGUGGUGGCGGCAAGGCGACGGCCUCGUCGUGGGCGGCGGCGAUGAGCGUGGGCGCGGGCACGGUUGAGGCGCUCAAGGACCGGCAUGCCGGGCUGUGCCGCUGGAACCAACACGCACCCCCGUUCGUGUUCCAGCAGCGCGCCGGCACCUCGGCCGCCUGCGGCAAGGGCAAGGCGGCGACCACUGCCGGUGGGGCGGCGAUGAGGAGGAAGGCGAGGCAGGAGCAGGAAGAGGAGCUUCGGACGGUGAUGUACCUCAGCAACUGGGGACCCAACAACUAACUGUAGCGGAUUAGUCAUUACUUACAUACUAGAGUCCUCUAGAUCUUCUUGGAUGGCUAGCUGCACCAUUUCCUCUGGCUGGAUGAUGUGAGCUCAGCAUGCACAUUCAGUCUCGAGCUAGUGUAAGACACCUUAUAUACUUCCAUGACCCGGAAGGUUUCAGAAACAGAGAUUGACAUCGCUUCCGGGCGGCCUCCUCAAUGCUUAGCGGCAAUCUGCAAACUGUCGCUCUGAAUUUACAGCGUUGA